AUGACAGACAGCCGAGAGGAUAAAUCCAGGAUGAGGUCCUCGUCCUCUUGUGAAGACAGAGGAAGGGAAAAGAAGAAAAGAAAACGCAGUCGGAGCAGAUCAUCCUCUGUGUCUUCCUCCUCCUCCUCAUCGUCAUCAUCACGUUCGUCGUCAUCAUCAUCAUCCUCUUCAUGUUCUUCUUCAUCUUCCAGCAGCAGAAGCAGCUCCAGAAGUAGAGAUGUGAAAAAAACACAAGUCUAAGAAUGCCAUUAAAGAAAAAACACAACAAAAAGAAAAUAAAAAAAGACGACAAAGUAAAGAAGAAAAAGAAGAAGAAGAAACAAGAGGAUUCCAGACCUGUGCAGAUUUCUAAGUUUCUUAAAGAGAAAAAGAAGAAUGAGAACUACAGUAUGAUAACGGGGAAGAAAAUCAAAAUGAAAGUGAAGAAAAGCAGAAAGGACAAAGAGAGAGACAGAAAUCGAGCAGAACUGUUGGAAUUCCUCAAUUCUUCCAUGUGA